CCAGAGUUUUGGGUACUUUGGCUCCAGACCGAAGCCUCCUGGCGGUGCCCCUGUGUCUUCUGUGAGUGACCACAGCUUCACGAACGGUGAAGAUGCAUCCUCAAGUACCAAUGAACCUGUUCAGGAAAACUUAUUUUCACAUCAGGAGAAAAUGAUUCCUGUGUGGACUUUGAGGGGGGCUCAGAAGUUCAAGACACCUGAGGCUCCAGUCCAAGAGCCCCCAGCAUGGGUUCAGACGCCCCCGGCAUGGAUCAAGAUGCCUCCAGCUCCAGUGAACAAGAAACCCAAGGUGCCUGAGGCUCCAGCCCAAGAGCCCCCAGCAUGGGUUCAGAUGCCCCCAGAAUGGAAUAAGAUGCCUCCGGCUCCAGUGAACGAGGUGCCUGAGGCUCCAGCCCAAGAGCCCCCAGCAUGGGUUCAGACGCCCCCGGCAUGGAAUAAGAUGCCUCCAGCUCCAGUGAACAAGAAACCUAAGGUGCCCAGUGUCCCUGUGGCUUCUGUGAGCGACCGCAGCUUCAUGAACGGUAAAGAUGCAUCACGUCCCAAUGAACCUGUUCAGGUAAACCUAAAUUCCCAUCAAGAGAAACUUAUUCCUGUGUGGACUUUGAGCGCGGCUCAGGGGGCUCAGAAGUUCAAGACACCUGAGGCUCCAGCCCAAGAGCCCCCAGCAUGGGUUCAGACGCCCCCGGCAUGGAUCAAGAUGCCUCCAGCUCCAGUGAACAAGAAACCUAAGGUGCCUGAGGCUCCAGCCCAAGAGCCCCCAGCAUGGGCUCAGAUGCCCCCGGCAUGGAAUAAGAUGCCUCCAGCUCCAGUGAACAAGAAACCUAAGGUGCCUGAGGCUCCAGCCCAAGAGCCCCCAGCAUGGGUUCAGAUGCCCCCGGCAUGGAAUAAGAUGCCUCCAGCUCCAGUGAACAAGAAACCUAAGGUGCCUGAGGCUCCAGCCCAAGAGCCCCCAGCAUGGGCUCAGAUGCCCCCGGCAUGGAAUAAGAUGCCUCCGGCUCCAGUGAACGAGGUGCCUGAGGCUCCAGCCCAAGAGCCCCCAGCAUGGGUUCAGACGCCCCCGGCAUGGAAUAAGAUGCCUCCAGCUCCAGUGAACGAGAAACCUAAGGUGCCUGAGGCUCCAGGCCAAGAGCCCCCAGCAUGGGUUCAGACGCCCCCGGCAUGGAAUAAGAUGCCUCCAGCUCCAGUGAACAAGAAACCUAAGGUGCCUGAGGCUCCAGCACAACAGCCCCCAGCAUGGGUUCAGACGCCCCCGGCAUGGAAUAAGAUGCCUCCAGCUCCAGUGAACAAGAAACCUAAGGUGCCUGAGGCUCCAGCCCAAGAGCCCCCAGCAUGGGUUCAGAUGCCCCCGGCAUGGAAUAAGAUGCCUCCAGCUCCAGUGAACAAGAAACCUAAGGUGCCUGAGGCUCCAGCCCAAGAGCCCCCAGCAUGGGCUCAGAUGCCCCCGGCAUGGAAUAAGAUGCCUCCAGCUCCAGUGAACAAGAAACCUAAGGUGCCUGAGGCUCCAGCCCAAGAGCCCCCAGCAUGGGCUCAGAUGCCCCCGGCAUGGAAUAAGAUGCCUCCAGCUCCAGUGAACAAGAAACCUAAGGUGCCUGAGGCUCCAGCCCAAGAGCCCCCAGCAUGGGCUCAGAUGCCCCCGGCAUGGAAUAAGAUGCCUCCGGCUCCAGUGAACAAGAAACCUAAGGUGCCUGAGGCUCCAGCCCAAGAGCCCCCAGCAUGGGCUCAGAUGCCCCCGGCAUGGAAUAAGAUGCCUCCGGCUCCAGUGAACGAGAAACCUAAGGUGCCUGAGGCUCCAGCCCAAGAGCCCCCAGCAUCGGGCCAGAAACCCCCAGCAUGGCAUCAUAUGCCCCAGGCACCAGCCCAAACGCCACCGCCUCAGCUGACUUCAUUAGACCCUGUUUGGGGCAGUUUUGGCAGCUCCUUCAUAGAGGAUGUUGGUGGAGAGGCUACCUCUAAUGGUGGUGCUACUGAGGGUUCCUCAUCAGGGCCAGAGCACUACCUUGUUAUCACAGAGCCUUUGGGUUUUCAGACCCGCUAUGUGGUGAAGUCUUUCAAUCGUUAUGUGCGAGGGAAAAAGAUCUAUACCCAAACCACCUACAUCCCGCUAGAUGAUCCUCCUGCUUCUGAGCCUGCUCCUGUCCCCAGUCCUCCACAUGAAGCUCCGGUGGACCAAACUGUGAAGCCCACCCCUGCAAGAAAAGGAUAGGCUUGUCCAGUUGACCUUCUGUGCAGGCUUUGGACUCCUCCACAUGGAUAUCUGGGCUCUUGUUGCAUUAUUAAUUGUGGCUUAAAGAAUAAACUUUUCUUAAACUUA